AUGACGGACGAUAGGCCUAAUCCACAACAAAACGUGGACCCUCAACCAACUUGUCAAACACCAGAUGACGGCAUUAAUUGGGAAAACCCGCCGAAGAAAAGAAAGUGUCCUAGAGUAACCUCGUUCCUUAUAUGCUUAUUGACUGCUGCAGGAAUAAUUACUUACGGUUUCCUGGAGAAAACAGUAAUCGAAUAUGAACCUAAUAAUGAUAACUUCACUAUUAAAUUGGCAAAGAUCAAAACGGGAACAAUUGCAUGUUACACAAUGAAAGAAAAGACAACUUAUCCAGUUUUUUUUAACCUUGGAUUAGGAUUGACGGGUAUCAUACUUGGCACGGUUGUUGGUCGCUUGUCCCUUGUUAUUGGAGAACUUUUUCAGUUCAAAAGUCGUUACAACAGAGACAUUUGUAAGCUAUUUAAAUUUUGUUUCAGUGGAAUCAAUCUGCCUGCAGUCGCUGCUGUAUGUCUGAUCGUCGGUGUAGCUUGCACGAUCGGGAGAGAAACAGGAUUUCAGCUUGUAGAUAUAAUUUAUAUCUUGGGCGGAAUCGGUGUUGGCCCGCUUGUAAUACACUUGCUUAACCUCAACACAGGUUCCGAAGUUGAUGUAUCAAUAAUUCUGGAGGAAAGGCAGAUGUAUCAUGCUCACACUCUGGCGUGGUCAUAUUAUUUCAAUCACCUGAAACCAGAAGUGCAAAAAUUUAACCGUGCAAUACUAAAGCUUCAAAUUGAGCCCAGUUCGUCUGCCCCAAGCGUAAAUGAAAUUAUAAAAUUAUCCCGGAAUAAACUGCUUUUGCUCUUACCCCCCAGCACAGAUCUGACGAACAUUAAGAUAUUGACUUCCUACGACAGAAAUAUUACGGAAUUUAACGAAGAUGAUGAACGGAACCCUUACCCGUUUCCUGUUUAUAACUUCACAGGUUAUGAGAAGGAAUGUUUUGCCAUGCUAUGCGUCAAAGAGCCUAUAAUGGCCUUGAGAAAUAUGAAAUUCCGAACAGACUAUAAUACUUACGAAGACGAAAUAAAACGCUUUUACAAAACACUUUGUGAAAUUAUAGAAAAGCCACCAAACGACUUCUGUGCAAUGAUGGGUCUCGUCGUGCCUAUUACAGUGAAAACUGGGGAUAAGGAAAAAUUAAAAGAUGGAGGACUCACACGGAUUAUUAUGGAUAAAGUAAACGGCCCACCUGCGUCAAAUGAUCGCGAAAAUAAAAGUUGUUGUUGUUAUUUUUGCUGUUGUUGCAAGAAUAGAGAUGCUGAAUGGCGUUUAAUUCCCCGAGAUGAUUCUUUUGAGCAGGCAACACCUGGGGCAAUAGUUCAUGAUGAGAAUGGUGCCGGUACGUCAGGUUACGUCGCGAGUAGCUUUGAUGAAAGGAAUCCAGAUCUAGAUGAUGUAUGA